CCUCUUCGUCGUCCGCAAUGUUGGCUGCAAGGUCUGUGCGACGCUCUCUUUUGGGCCAUGCCCGUGCAUUCCACGCUUCUUCCAAAGUAUCCCGCGUCGUCGCGACCAACCCUGUAAAGGCUCAGGAGGUCAAGGGCUGGGGUAAAUACCCGCUCAUCGAGCACGAAUACGAUGCUGUCGUUGUCGGUGCUGGAGGCGCUGGUUUGCGAGCUGCCUUUGGUCUCGCUGAAGCCGGCUUCAAGACCGCCUGUAUCACCAAGCUUUUCCCCACCAGAAGUCACACCGUCGCUGCCCAGGGUGGUAUCAAUGCUGCACUCGGAAACAUGACUGAGGACGACUGGCGGUGGCACAUGUACGACACGGUUAAAGGCUCCGACUGGCUCGGUGACCAAGAUGCCAUCCACUACAUGUGCAGAGAAGCUCCCAACACUGUCAUUGAGCUUGAGCACUUCGGUGUGCCAUUCUCAAGAACGAAAGAGGGCAAGAUCUACCAGCGUGCGUUCGGUGGUCAGUCGUUGAAGUUCGGCAAGGGUGGCCAGGCCUACCGUUGCGCUGCUGCCGCUGACAGAACCGGCCACGCCAUUCUCCACACUCUUUACGGUCAAUCUCUCCGACACGACACCAACUUCUUCAUCGAGUACUUCGCCCUCGACCUCAUUAUGCAAGAUGGCGAGUGCGUCGGUGUCAUCGCCUUGAACAUGGAAGACGGAACCCUCCACCGAUUCCGUGCCCACAAGACCGUCCUCGCCACUGGCGGUUACGGACGAGCCUACUUCAGCUGCACUAGCGCUCACACUUGCUCUGGUGACGGUAACGCCAUGGUUGCCCGUGCCGGCCUUCCCCAGCAGGAUCUCGAAUUCGUCCAGUUCCACCCUACUGGUAUCUACGGUGCUGGCUGCUUGAUCACUGAGGGUUCUCGUGGUGAGGGAGGAUACCUCCUCAACUCGGAGGGUGAACGUUUCAUGGAACGAUAUGCCCCCACCGCUAAGGAUCUUGCUUCUCGUGACGUCGUCUCCCGAUCAAUGACCAUUGAGAUCCGUGAGGGCCGUGGUGUUGGUCCUGAGAAGGAUCACAUCUACCUCCAACUCAGCCAUCUCCCUCCCGACAUUCUCCAUGAGCGAUUGCCCGGUAUCUCUGAGACCGCCGCCAUUUUCGCUGGUGUCGAUGUCACCAAGGAGCCCAUCCCUGUCCUCCCCACCGUCCACUACAACAUGGGUGGUAUUCCUACUCGAUACACCGGUGAGGUCAUCACCGUUGACGAGAACGGCAACGACAAGGUCGUCCCUGGUCUCUACGCCGCCGGUGAAGCCGCCUCCGUCUCCGUCCACGGUGCCAACCGUCUCGGCGCCAACUCCCUCCUCGACAUCGUCGUCUUCGGCCGUGCCGUCGCCCACCACAUCCGUGACACCUGGACUCCCGGCAAGCCCCACAAGACCAUCCCCGAGGAGUCUGGUCUCGAGAGCAUCGAAUUCCUCGACAAGAUCAGGCGCGCUGACGGACCUGAGCCUACUGCCAAGAUUCGUCUCGACUUGCAGAAGGCUAUGCAGGCUGAUGCUGCUGUCUUCCGUACCCAGGAGUCUUUGGAUGAGGGUGUUGAGAAGGUUAGGGAGAUUUACAACAACUUUAAGAAUGUUGGAAUCAAGGAUCGUUCUAUGAUCUGGAACUCUGACUUGGUUGAGACGCUCGAGUUGCGCAACCUUCUCCAGUGCGCUAUUCAGACUAUUGUCUCCGCUGCUGCCCGUAAGGAGUCCCGAGGUGCCCAUGCUCGUGAGGACUACCCAGAGCGUGACGACGAGAACUGGAUGAAGCACACGCUCUCGUAUCAACCUGAUGUUGAGAGCCCUGAUGUCAAGCUUGCCUACCGACGUGUUAUUGAGACCACUCUUGACGAGAACGAGUGCAAGCCUGUGCCUCCUUUCAAGCGUGUUUACUAAAUGGCUAGCGCGUGUCGGGGUGGGGUUGUCCUGUUCUCGAGUAGGAUUGUUCUCGAGUGCGUCGGUUUUCGAGUGCACCUAAUUCGAGUGGGCUUGCUCUCGAAUGAGUCUACUUUCGAAUGCGCCUAGUAGUAGUUCGAGGAGUGCGUCGCAGCCAUCGUGGACGAAGGGACUAAAAAGUUGAUGGUGUCUCUGUUACAUUAAUUGAUUCGUUUUUGUUUUUUGUUGCAAAGUGUAGGCAAAGUAUACUAGUAAUUUAAUUAACCCUUUGUUUGAAGGA